AUGAAACUCUAUCUCAUCCGCCAUGCGGAAACCGUCGAUAAUGUCUCUCAUAGAUUGGCCGGGAUCAAAGACUCCCCCUUGACAAAUCACGGCGCCCUCCAGAUCACCCGUCUAGGGAGAUAUUUCGCCUCCCAAAACAUCAAAUUCAGCCAUAUCUUCUCAUCAGAUCUGUCCAGAGCCAUUCUCACCGCCGAAGGUCUCAGCGCCCAUCAGCCAGAACUAAGUCCGGUGCUCCUGCCAUCCCUACGCGAACGUGAUUUUGGCUCCUUCGAGGGGCAAAAGUGGCAUUCAGCCUGGGAGUCGAGCAUUGUUCCCAAGCAACCGGAAUCCGAGGCAUCCAUGCGCCAGCGCGCAAACGCAUUUCUCACUGACUACUUACUCCCCUUGCUUCUCGCUGGCGACGAGGCUGGGGAUGAGGCUGUCGUUGCUGUGGUCUCGCACGGGUUACUUCUACGGAGUCUGUGGCGCGCUCUACUCGCGUGUUUUCCUCCGAGCGAUGUACGCAUAGUAGGGGACGCAGACAUCAACGCCUUUAACCCGUUCUGGGCCAAUACGGGGUACUUGGAGCUGUUGGUUUGUCCGAAAUUGAGUCCUUCGGUAGGAGAUCCGGAUAUGCCGGUUCUGGGUGGGUAUUCGCUGCAGGUGCUUGGGGUUAAUACUCGAGCACACCUGGCGGAUCUUCAGCGUACGAAAGGGGGAGUCGGGAGCGCUACUUUCGAUCAGCGGCAGAAACGAAUUGAUCAUUUCUUUAGUCAAAAGAAUCGAUAG